UCACACAUCGUCUUCGCUCCUCUCUAGCAACGGGAUAGCAGUAAGAACAGCUCCUCCGCACAGUUUUUGCAACAGCAAACCAAAAAAAUAAAAAAAUGACCCUCUUCGCUUCAAAGAUGUCCAGACACCAAUCUCAACGAUUCACCCUCUUCACUUUCUCCCUCCUCGUCUUGAGUGGACUCGUCAUCCAGCAAGCAGAGGCAGGCAUCGGAGGCCUUCUGGGUCUUGGCAACAAAGGAUUCGGAGGUAAGAAAACUUCGGAAAUGCUUGUGGCAGCUUCUAUACUGGCUUCCCUCAUCACCAAGCAUAAGGAAUCCCAGAGCCAGAAGAACAGAGCUCCAAUGAUGCCUAUGCCCAUGCCACCUUAUGGAGGAUAUGCCGCUGGUAGCUCUCCAUAUGCUUCCUAUGGAGUUGGAGGAUAUGGAGGUGGGCUUGGAUCUUCCCUCUAUGGUGGAUACCCAGGUUUAGCAUCUUCCUAUGGAGGAGGUAUGCCAGCUGGUUAUGGAGGAUAUGGUGGAUACCCAGGCUAUUAAAAAGUAUUGAAAUUUUUAUAUGUAUACAAAGUAUUAUUCGUUCAUGAUCCCUAGUCUUCUACUGGUGUGAUCCAGGGAUGAAUAUCUGCUCAAUCUGUUUCUGAAUUUUAUUUGAAUAAUAUUUCGAGGAAUCAAAUAUACCUACUUUGAUUAAUAAUAUUUCAUAAAUAUUAACAAUUAUAGAAUAGCUUACCAAUUUUUAAUGAAAAAAAUAUUCAUCACAUAUAUUAAAUACAUGCCAAUUAAUUUAACAUUACUAAACUAAAUAAAUUAACACGAGGUAAUGCUUUAUGAAAAAAUCAAAAUAUGAUUCUUGGACAAAAUUAAAACUAACUAUCCGUCAUUUGCAUCACUUCAAAUACGCAAUGACUUUUUCUUAAGAAAAUCUUCAUUGCUUUCUCAGGUAGAAACAUAGAUAAAACAUAAACAAUUAUCUGAAUUUGUGCAUUAAAUUCCCUGUUCAGAUAUUCAUCCCUUCGGAAACACUUCAGAGAUUCUGCCCCUUGUAAAUAUGUCCCAAAGAAUUCAUCUCUAUACUUCUUUCAUGUUUUAUGUACACUCUUCUGUUUUACGGACGACGUAUGUAUAGGUGUUCGGUCCUGUUCAUAUAGCUGUGCAUAUUUUGGCAGGCCUGGCACUGAAUGUCUCAAUCAUUUUACUGGCGUGUUUUCUGCCUUCAUAAUCAUGUAUUUUAUACACUUAAUAAAAAGAUUUAUAUAGAA